GAAUGUUUUUUUUUUGUGUCUCGGAACAAGAAUUUUGUCGUUCGCAGAGAUGUAGCUUAAAUUUAUCGUCAUAAUUAAUUUUAGAGUCAGCAUUUUAAUUUAAAUUUUUAAUUCAUGGGUCUUAUGCAGACUACAAUUACCUUUUUAUGUAUUAAUAAAAUAAGUGGUAUCUAUUUCAUGCACAUUUUUCGUUUUCAACAUUGCUAAUUAUCGAAUAUAUAUAUUACGAUACGCAAUAUAAUUAUUAUGAUUAGAGAGCAUUUAUCUGAUCCUCUCUGGAGCAGCAGCACAAAUAGAAUGUCAAACAAAAGCAUAUCUGAAAUCAAGUUACUUAAAGAACAAGCAAUGAAAGAGAGACACAAAAAGGCUACUGCACAAGCUGCAUCUCAAGCCUUUAAGAGGUUUGAUGGGAUGUUCAAUAUUGAACCAAGGCGUCCACAAGAUGAAUCAUUUCUGUCCACAACUAUUAAGCAUGUGUUGGGUGACUAUGCAACAUUUAUGAAUUUAAUUGAAGCAAAGGAAACUGCUCAGUACUUAGGACUUGAUAACACUGUGCCAGGAACUCCUGAAGUAAAGGAUAUUGAUUUUGAAAACACAAGCAAUGGGUAUACAAAUUUAAUGAUAAAAGGAAAAAAUGGAUUUUCUUCCCAUUCAUCGGUUCCACUAAAGAAGACUCUAGAAAAUAUCAAAAUUGAGAAAAAUGAUCACACUUUUUUGGAACCUAUAAAAACAAGUAAUGGACCUGAAAAUGAUCAAUCUUUAAAGUUAAAGAUCCCAAAUAGUAACUCAACAAGUAACCAUUUAACAAAUAAUAAACACUCACAGGGUAAAACACCAAAUGAAAUAGAAAGUAUUUUGAAGGAGAUGACACAGGGUUUGCCACCUUUACUUACAGAGAUUCAAACACCUCGUUCUGAAAAUGAUUUUUUUUCUUUUCCAUCUAAGGUGAAUGUGGCGUCCAAUUGUCUUGCUACAGUAGAUCUAAGUGUAAGUUCUUCUGCAAAUGACUUAUCAAAAAAUGUUUCCAAUGAAUAUGUACAGUAUGAUGGAUUAAAUGACUCAAACAACAUGGCAUCUGAAUUAAAAGAAUUCAAAUCUUGCGAUGAAAUCAAAAAUAAGAAACUGCAAGAUAAAACAAAGUUGUCUUUACGGAAAGUUUCUGUGUCGUCAAGUUCUUCAAGCAAUUCAGAAAGUUCUAGCACUUCAGAAUCUGAUAGUGAUCUAGAAGAGCAAGCUACUCAAUGCUAUAUUUCAUCAGAUAAUUUUCAAGAAAAUUCUACUAAUAAUAAUUACUUACUUGAAAAAGAUAAUGCAUCAGUCCCUGAAUCCAGUUCGACUUUGAAUAGCUAUCAGAAUUUAAAUAGUAUUAAUGAAGAUAUUGGUAUAAUUGAUAAUGACGAUAAAAUAGAUCCACUAAAUAAAAGAUCGAUUCUAGAUGAUGCAACUUUUAAAAAUAUUGAAGAUUCAUUUCACAUUGGAAUAGAAAAGACUGUAAGUCCAAUUAGUGAAAUUUCUUUUGAUGAUUUAGACUUAAUAAACAGCUUGCCCUAUGAUCAAAACCAUGAGGAAUUAGAUAACAAAAGUGAUACUCUUAAUCGGAAUGCCCUUUCAUUUUUAAGAACUAACAACAAAAACUAUAAUCAAGAUUGCAUGCAAUCAAUUUCAAAUGACUCAAUUUAUACGAUAAAAAAUAAUGAUGUAAGGAAUGCUGCAAGUAAUAAAAUUAAUGAAACUAAAGAUAAAAAUAAAACAAAAUCUACAAGGACUCCUCCUGAAUAUAAUACAAGGACUCCUCCUGAAUAUAAUACUGAUAUACAACAAACUUUACCUAUUCCACUCUUUAAACAAAACACUUCAUUAGAAUCAACACUUUAUAUUGUUGAUCAAUAUACCGAAAGUUCAUUGUGGGUUCCACAUGUAACUCCUUUACCUAACUCUCCAGUUUUGUCUCAAUUACCUGACAAUAUAAUAAAAACAGAUUGUACUUUUAAUACUAAUAAUGAAAUAUAUGCUAGUGCUAGUCCUCAUAUUGAUAAUAGUAUGUAUGUUGUUACAGAAAAUAAUAUAACAAAUAUUGAAACAAAUAUAAAUGUUAUUAAGCAUGAUGAACCUAAUGAAUAUGAAAAAAUUAGUUGUCUUGACAAAAAUAUUAAAGUUGAAAAUCUUCAAACAUCUUGUAUAACACCCUUUAAAAUAAUAAAUGAUUCUCAAAAUGUAACACAGGAGUUAACCUGUAAACCAAUAAACGAUUCUCAAAAUGUAACACAGGAGUUAACCUGUAAACCAAUAAACGAUUCUCAAAAUGUAACACAGGAGUUAACCUGUAAACCAAUAAAUGAUUCUCAAAAUGUAUCUCGGGAGUUAACCUGUAAACCAAUAAACGAUACUCAAAAAUCACAGGAUUUAAUUACGGAAGUAAAAAUGGAAGCUAAAGACUUAGACAUUAGUACAAACCUGCUAAAAUUAAAUAAUAGCUCAGCUGACAUAUCUUUUUCUAAAAUGGAAGAACCAAAUAAUUUUUAUAAUGACUUAGUAUCUAAUGAAAAGCCUGAAUUAAAAUUAAGCAAUGAUAGAAAUAUGAACAGCUCUUUGGUUGUCAAAAUACCUCUAAAAAAAAUCAAGUUAAAAGCUAAAAGUUUUCGAGACGAUCAAAAGGAAAGUGUUGAAGCAGAUGAAUUAGUUAGAGUAGAUAAUAAUCCAGUUUGUGUUAAAAAGCUUCAAUCUUAUAAACGAAAAUUAAUAGAUGAUGACAGCGAUAGUUGCAGUGAGAGUGCUUUCAAGUUACCUCAUAGUUCGAAAUUUGAUGAUCUUUUAGUAAAAAUUAAUUUAUCAAGAUUAAAGCGAAAUCCAACUGCAAAGACCAUCCAAUCAGAAGUACAAAGUGAUUUAAAUAUUACUCCAAUCAAAAAUGAAAUUACUUUGGAUAUUGAUGAAGAGGCUUCAUCUGACUGUUCAUCUAACAGCGUCAAUAUUGGUUUAAAGAAAAAGAAUGGUUGUCCUCUUAUAGAUAAUAAAAUGGAGUUAGCAUUUAAAAACACUAAUAAUAAAGUUGAUGUAAAGAGAUGUAGUGAAUGUGGAAUUUUAAAUGCUGAUUCAGGAAAAGAUCCUAUAAAACUCUCUGGAUAUAAAGUUUACCGACCUUUUCUUAAUGAAGGUGUUAUGAAAAAAAGAAAAGCAGAUAAUCUUAAAAGUCCUAUGGAACGUGCACAUACUUACACUGAAGCAGUUCUAAAUUACAUCAGGUAUCUAAUUGGUUAUGAAGUAGCGGGUAAACUAAUGACAAAACAAGGAAUUGAUGAGCUAAUGCGUAUUUGCAGUGAUUGUAUUCGCUUAAUAGAUUAUGUAGUUGAAUUGUGCAGACGAAAGACAAAUGAUUCUAACAGAUCGGAUCGUAGGUUUUUGUUUCUAUGUUUUCGUCUUCAAAGUAUGUUACACAUGAAACUUUUUAAGACAAGGAGUGAUUCAGUAUGGAAAGUGAAAAAAAUUAUGACAGAUUAUUUUACACAAUAUAAACCUUCGUCAAGAAGCACACAAUUAGCUGAGGGUAAUGCUAGCACACCUUUACCUUCUUCACCAAGUUUUGGACCUUCUCCCGGUCAAAGUGUUGGGUCUAAUGGAAGCGCUGGUAGCUCCAGCAGUGCAAGUAGUAAUGAUAGUAAAACAAACUUAGGUUUGGCUAUGGUUAGCAUCCCAUCAGACAUGCACGAAAAGUCAUUGCAAUAUCUAGAGUUCACCAAACAUAUAAUAGAAGCUCAUCGCUUAUGGAGUAAUGCAGAAACUUUAAUACCUUACUGUGAAGAUUUUAUCAUUGAUGUAACUCGGAAAGUUGGUCCACUUACGCUUUAUAGUUCUCUGGCGCAAAUGGUUGACUAUAUGACUUUUGGCCUGCAAGUGAUUUUAGAUUCGCCUUACCCCUCAUGACAAUAUGUUUGUUUAAUGAUAUUUAUUUUGUAACGAUAGUCAAAAGAUUGUGGCAUUGGUUAAA